AUGCUCAGGCGUUCGGAGCGAGCUGUGCGGCGCGCUGUGGCGUCGGUGGGCUGCAGCACCGCGGUCUGCGUGACCUGCUUGGAGAAGCCCAAGUCCAGGCGCCCGACCUGCCGCGUGCCCUGCUGCUCCGUGACCUGCUUCAAGAAGCACAGAGAGCAGUGCAACCUUGAAACUCAUCCUGUUGAGAAAAGAAGAUCGGUUCCUCUCCUGAAAGCUGCACAGCUUGAGGAAAACAAAGACGACGAUUCGUCUGUAGCUGAUUUUCUCAAUAGUGAUGAAGAAGAAGAUAGAGUUUCUUUGCAAAAUUUAAAGAAUUUAGGUGAAUCUGCACCAUUAAGAAACUUACUGCUUAAUCCGCACCUGAGACAGCUGAUGGCCAACCUCGGUCAGGGGGAUGACAAAGCAAAGCUCAUGAGAGUCUACAUGCAAGAGCCCUUGUUUGUGGAGUUCGCCGACUGCUGUCUAAGGGUUGUAGAACCAUCCCAGAAUGAAGACUCUUGGGGGGGGGGUCACUGUGCUCCUCACUGAAGCUCGUAGCUGACACUCAGAACCUGACCAUCGCUUCUCCCAGGCCGCCCGCCAGCAAGUGGAGGCCGGUGAUGUCCCCGCCAGAGGCAGCAGACUGGCUGCUACAGGCUGUGCAGGCCCUUGCCUCCACUGGUGUGGGCUCGUGUUUCAGCCAUGAGUUUACUGAAGGUGGCAAUCCUUUGUGAGGAGACUUGGCAUGCACGUGUACAUGGUUGUCUUAAAAUAUUUUAUUUUUGGUAGUUGGGGCAGAGAUCAUAAAUAUCAGGUUUUAUACUCGUGAGUUAAAAACUGGAUCAUUAUUAAUAAAAUCAAGAU